AUGAGUGAGUUCGGCUCCAGUGUCAGGUGUUUUGACUGGCAAACGCCUGAACGGUGUUUCAAGCGGCCAAAGAACCUGGUAAAAAAGUACAGCUUGAAGAAAAAGGACGAUGGCGAAAAAAGCAAUCCACCAUAUCCUCCAUUCACAUAUGAAGCAGCAUUUUCGCGUAUCCUGGACGAAAUCCUGCAUUUGGCAUGCCAGCACGAGACCGUAGCCGAGAGCUAUCAUGAUGAGAUCUGUCCCGACGUAUCGCGGGUAUCCAAGCAGUUGAAGGAAGAACGCAAAUCUGUAAGGAACCAUAUGUCCUUCACUGAUUGUCGUUUUCGCCUUUGA